AUGCUAUCCGCCGUUGAUAAUCUUGAUGAUCUUCUCAAGAAAACCGGAAAAUUUAUCUCUGACUUUUUGGCGACAGCUAAUAAAGAGACCGCCGAAUGGAACAAUAAGGAGCAGAUAGCAUCCUGGAAUUAUGAAACCAAUAUUACGGAUACUAACUUGGCAUUCAAACUUAAAGUCUCAAAUCAGGCUUCAGAUUUUAGAAAAAGAUUGUGGGCAAAAGUUAAGAUAUUUCCAUGGAAGGAGUUGAGAGAUGAAGAUGCCAAGAGACAGUUUUUCUUUUUCAGUAACAUUUGGGAAAAUUCCUUGCCUUCAAAGAAAUUUAAGGAAUAUGACUAUAUCAUAAACUUGAUGAAGACAAUUUAUUCUACCGCAAAGAUUUGCGAUCAAGAGAAUUCAAAGAACUGUGGUUUAUCACUGCAGCCAGAACUAUUGGAUCUUAUGGCCAAGAGUCGCGACCCUGAACAACUCCUGUAUAUUUGGGAAAAAUGGCGAGAGGUUACUGGGAAAAAAAUCAGGCGUUUUUAUCCUAGAUAUGUUGAGUUGAGUAAUAUGGCUUCAAAGUUGAAUCACUUCACUGAUAAAUCUGAUAUGUGGCUUCAACAAUACGAAACAGAAAAUUUCCAAGAAGAUAUUGAGACUCUUUUGAAAGAUUUGAGGCCUUUUUAUUUGCAAAUCCAUGCUUAUGUAAGAAGUCAGUUGAGGAUGAAAUAUGGAGAUGAUGUUGUCUCGAAAGAUGGACCAAUUCCAGCUCAUUUGCUUGGUAACAUGUGGGCUGAAACUUGGGAAAAUAUUGCUGACUUCACUCUUCCGUUCCCUGGAAAAAAUUUGGCAGAUCCUACCCCAGAUAUGGUUGCACAAGGAUAUACUGGACUGAAAAUACUUAAAUUAGUAGAGUCCUCUUUCCUCUCGAUGAACAUGAGUGAAAUGCCUGAACUCUUCUGGAAGAAUUCUCUUAUAGAAAAACCAACUGAUCGAGAAGUAGUUUGUCAUUCUAGUGCUUGGGAUUUCAGUGAUGGAAAAGAUUAUAGAUUGAAAGUGUGCGCCGAAAUAAAUGCAGCUUUUCUUGAGACGGCACAUCAUGAAAUGAGCCAUGUUCAGUACUUUUUGCAAUUCAAAGAUCUACCUGUGGUCUAUAGAAAUGUUGCAAAUCCAGGAUUUGGAGAAGGAGUUGCAGAUGUUUUGGGUUUGAGUGUUUCGACACCUGAUCAUCUACAAAAAAUAAAGCUUCUGGAAAACUCUACUUCAGAUGAAAAAGCUUUCUUAAACCAUUUGUAUCGGAAGAGUCUGGAGAAAGUAGUCAUACUUCCUUACGCUUACAUCAUGGAUUUGUGGCGUUAUGAUAUUUUUAGAGGAAAAACUUCUAAGCAUCAGUACAACUGCGAAUGGUGGAAAUUGGUCGAAAAAUACCAAGGAAUAGAACCCCCGGUUGAUAGGAGCGAAGAAGAUUUUGACCAAGGAUCCAAAUAUCAUAUUGCUGCAGAUGGAGAAUAUUUAAAGUACUUCGUCGGCUAUGUCAUUCAUUUUCAGUUUCAUAGAUCAUUGUGUAUAGUAGCUGGAGAAUAUGAUCCCGAAAAUCCAGAAAAGAAACCUCUUUAUAAAUGUGACAUAACUGGUAGUAAGAAGGCUGGAAAUCUUUUCAAAUCCAUGAUGGAAAUUGGUGCCUCUAAACCGUGGCAAGAUGCAAUGGAGGUAUUAACAGGUCAACGGAAAAUGAGCAUAUCUGGAAUCUUGGAUUAUUUCAAACCGCUUCAGGAUUGGCUCACUGCUGAGAAUAAAAAAAACGAUGAAUACAUUGGAUGGGAAAAAAGCAGCAAACCAGCUGGAGAAUAUGAUCCCGAAAAUCCAGAAAGUAAACCUCUUUAUAAAUGUGACAUAACUGGUAGUAAGGAGGCUGGAAAUCUUCUUAAAUCAAUGAUGAAAAUGGGCGCCUCUAAACCAUGGCCAGAUGCAAUGGAGGUAUUGACAGGUCAACGGAAAAUGAGCAUAUCUGGCAUCUUGGAUUAUUUCAAACCGCUUCAGGAUUGGCUGACCGCUGAGAAUGAAAAAAAAACAAUGAAUAUAUUGGAUGGAAAAAAAGCUGCAAACGCUGCUUACAAGCUCGAGGAAAACAUUGAUGCUGAUAUGUUCAUUAAUUAG